AUGGCAGGACUAGACUACGUGUUGCACGAAGAACCUACUGGGUAUGCAAUCUUUAAAGUGAAACUUCAACAGGAUGACGUUGGUGCCCGUCUUAAAGAUGUUGAACAGGCUGCCCAAGACUUAGCGAAAUUCUCCAAAAUGGUGGAACUCGUGUCGUUUGCACCUUUCAAAGGUGCCGCACAGGCCUUGGAAAACAUGAACGAUAUUACAGAAGGAUUGGUUUCUGAUUACUUGAAAUCUAUAAUAGAGUUGAACAUUCCUAAAGGAUCUUCCAAGCACACCAUCAACCUGGGUAUAUCAGACAGAAACUUGGGACCGUCCAUCAAAGCCGUCUUCCCAUACAUUGAUUGCUACUGGAAUGAGGUUGUCCAGGAUUUAAUAAGAGGUAUCAGAUAUCACGGAAUAAAGGUUUUAAAGGGUUUGCAAGAGGGAGAUUUGGAAAGAGCCGAGUUGGGUUUGGCACAUGCUUAUUCUAGAGCCAAGGUCAAGUUCAGUGUGCAGAAGAAUGAUAACCAUAUUAUCCAGGCUAUUGCUACUUUGGAUCAACUUGAUAAGGAUGUCAAUACUUUUGCUAUGCGUGUUAAGGAAUGGUAUGGAUGGCAUUUCCCGGAGUUGGCAAAAAUUGUACCAGAUAACAAGACCUACUGUCAGGUAAUGCUUUUCGUAAAGGAUAAGACUUCGCUUACACCUGACAGCUUACAUGAUUUGGCUGCUCUUGUGGAUGAUGAUGCUGCUGUUGCUGAAAAGAUCAUUGAUGCUGCCAGAAUUUCUAUGGGACAAGAUGUUUCCGAGCAAGACAUGAAUAAUAUGGAGUCGUUUGCGGAGAAAUCUCUACAUAUGAUUGAGUACAGAGCAGGAUUAUCCAAAUAUUUGAAUGACAAGAUGCAUGUCGUGGCCCCUAACUUAUCCGAAUUGAUUGGUGAGGUUGUGGGAGCCAGAUUGAUUUCUCAUGCCGGUUCUUUGACCAACCUUUCCAAACAGGCUGCUUCUACGGUGCAAAUAUUGGGAGCCGAAAAGGCUUUGUUCAGAGCUUUGAAAACCAAGGGUAAUACUCCUAAGUACGGAUUGAUCUACAAAUCCUCAUUUAUUGGAAAGGCUGCUCCUAAAAAUAAGGGUAGAAUUUCUAGAUACUUGGCCAACAAAUGCUCUAUUGCUUCCAGAAUUGAUAAUUUUGCCGACGAUCCAACGAAUGCUUUUGGUAAGGUUCUUAAGAAGCAAGUUGAACAGAGACUUCAGUUUUACGAGGAUGGAAAGCCACCAAUGAAGAAUUCCGAUGCUGUUAAAGAGGCCAUGAACCUCGGAGGAUCGGAUGCCGCUCAGCCAGAGGAACAGGGAAAAUCAGAGAAGCCGGAAGAAUCCGACGAUACAGAAGAUGAGGAAGAAGAGAAGCCUGCCGAGAAGAAAGAAAAGAAAGAAAAGAAAGAGAAGAAGGAAAUAAGGGAGAAGAAAGAGAAGAAAGAGAAAAAGUCCAAGAAGGAGAAGAAGGAACACAAACAUAAGCACCAUGAUAAGAAGAGAAAGGCUGAGGAUGACUCUGAACAUAAGAAGAAGAAGUCUAAACAUUGA